AUGGCUCCUGCUGCUGCCGUAGCCCAUUUGAGACGGCGCUGCCUCAGCGUAGGUACCAGCAGUACCGCUCAGCUCCGACGCUGUGCCGGCAGCUGCUGCGUCAGAGCAGCAAGCCGCACGUUCGCAACCUCCCCGACUGCCCGCAAGGGCACCAAGAGCUUCCAGGAUGGACCCUUCGACCCCUACAACGCCAUCGUCGCGACACUGCCAUGUUCAAAGCCAACAUCAGGCAAGACUAUGGAAGGACCACUGACAGGGUGGACGGCAGCGGUCAAGGCCAACUUCUGCGUCCGAAACACCCCCACAACAUGCUCCAGCGCGAUGCUGGAGAACUUCACGCCGACCUUUGACGCCGCUUCCGUCUCACUUCUCCGCAAAGCCGGCGCAGACAUACGACACAUUACCAACUGCGACGAAUUUGGGAUGGGGUCUACCAACACGCAUUCGAUUCAUGGGUCUGUUCGCAACCCUGCAUCGCCGACGACAUCGAACGAAGGACAAGCAUGGGAUUUGGAAGUCGAGAGAGUGGCCGGUGGGAGCUCAGGUGGUUCUGCUGCGGCCGUACGAGCUGGUCUAGCGAAAUUUGCCCUCGGCAGCGAUACGGGAGGGAGUGUAAGGCUGCCCGCUGCGUACUGCGGUGUAGUUGGGUUCAAGCCCAGCUAUGGCUUGAUCAGCCGGUGGGGGCUGGUCUCGUACGCGGACAGCUUGGACACGGUCGGUGUACUGGCGAGGACGGUGGAGGACGUUGAAGCUGUUCAUGAUGCUCUUGCGCAGCACGACUCGAGAGAUCCGACCAGCGCCAGCGAGGAUGCCCGAAUGAAAGCCGCAACCACCUCGCAAAGCGUCCUCAGCUCACUCAACUCCUCCUCUCAGCCUCUCAAAGGUCUCCGCGUUGGGAUACCGAAAGAGUACUUUCCCGAAGAGCUGCAUUCGCGCGUCCUUCCGCCGUUCCGCUCAGCCGUAUCGGCACUCGAAGCGCUCGGUGCAGAGAUCUCAUCCAUCAGCCUGCCGAGCACACGCUCCGCCCUUAGCGCAUACUACAUCAUUUCAAGCGCCGAAGCGAGCAGCAACCUGGCGCGCUACGACGGUGUACAGUACGGCUUCCACAAGCCACCUGUAGCAGGGCACCACGCAUACGCAGCGACACGGACAGCAGGAUUCGGCGACGAAGUCCGCAAGCGUAUCUUGCUCGGCACGUUUGCGCUAACCGCCGAUGCGUUUGACAACUUCUUCCUGCAGGCUUCGCGCAUUCGGGCGCAGGUCCAGGAGGAUUUCGCUUCGGUGCUGCGCAUUGCCAAUCCGUCAAGAAAGGAGGAGAAGGAAAAGGGACAAGGAGUUGAUGUGAUUGUGCAUCCUUCGGCGGUGGACACGGCGCCAACACUAGCAGCAGCGAUGCAGGAGGGUGAGGGUGGCCUUGGCGAGUAUGUCCAGGACAUCCUCACCGUUCCUGCCAGUCUGGCGGGGUUACCAGCGAUAUCAGUGCCAGCAGGCGUCGCUCACGAUGACGGCUGGCCGGCAGGUGUGACGCUCGUCUCUCAGUGGGGGUGCGAUAAGCUGCUCCUGCACGUAGCCAAGCAGUUGCAAUCACUGCUCGAGGCAUAG